AUGAUGAGCACAUCAAAAUUACUCGUUGGCUUGUUGUUGGUGGCCACUUGUGUCAUCCUUGCUGUAUUACCAACAGAAGCCCGUAAAUUUAGAGCUGCAAGAUCUGUGAAAGCUGUCAACUCUGUUUUACAGAGAUGUCAAUCCGUUGGUGACCCACACUAUGUUUCCUUCACUGGACGAAGAUAUGAUUUCUAUGGUGUAGGUGACUAUGUUUUGGCAGAAACCGCUGACAAAUCAUUCAUUGCUCAUGCAAGAACUGGUAAAUGGAAAAAAGUAUCGGUCAAUACUGCCUUUGCUGUUAAAAUCAAUCAAAAGGACACCUUUGAAUAUGAUACCAAAACCAAUUCAUUCUAUUUGAAUGGUAAGCAAACCAAAGUGAGUGUUGGUCAAACUGUUCAACUCUCUGGCUCUGCCACUGCAAAGAGAGUAUCAGCCAACUCGCUCAUUGUUUCUGCAAAGAAUGGAGCUCACUUGACUGCUACUUGGCAUAGAAAUCCAGCAUUCAGAAGUAGAUAUGGUUCUUUUGGACACAUUUCAUUGAUUUUGGAUGCUCCAAGAAGUUUGAAAUUCUCAUCUGGUUUGUGUAUCUCUCGAGAAUAUCUUUCCCGAACGGCUCGAGGUGUAUUGCACAAUCAUGUCCAUCGAAGAGUUGAGAGAAGAGUCAAACCAAAGAAACCAACCAAGAAACAACUCAAGAGAGCUCGUAAAGCUUGUAGAAAGGCUGGUUUGAAGAAGAAGAAGAAUCCAAAUGCUUUCCAUGCUUGUGUUGCUGAUCAAAUUCUUGCUGGUAAGAAACUUGGUAAGGAUUUCGCCAAGACCAUUGUCAAGGUUGAAAAACUUGAAAAGAAGAAGAGUAAGAAGUGGAAGAAGCAAGCCAGAAAGAUCAUCAAGAAGG